UUUUUAGAAUGAAGUGUUCAAUUGACUAGUUAGAUUCUUUGCUUGAGAUUGAAAAGAAUCAAACCAUAUUAAUUAAAAUACGGAAACUAAAAGAAUAGCAGAUUGUUAAAAGAUGGAAAAUCAAGAAAUGGCAGAGGGAAGUGUAAAGAACAUAUUGGAGCAAGACAGCCUCAAGUGGGUCUUCGUUGGAGGCAAAGGCGGUGUUGGCAAAACAACAUGUAGUUCGAUUCUCUCCAUCCUUUUGGCCAAAGUUCGACCUUCUGUUUUGAUCAUAUCCACUGACCCAGCUCACAAUCUCAGCGAUGCCUUUCAACAACUCUUUACCAAAACACCUACUUUGGUUAAUGGCUUCACAAAUCUUUAUGCCAUGGAGGUGGAUCCUACUGUUGAAGAAGACAUGGGAUCUAAUGAGGGGAUGGAUGGCUUGAUUUCUGAGCUAGCAAAUGCAAUUCCUGGUAUUGACGAGGCUAUGAGCUUCGCAGAAAUGCUGAAAUUGGUGCAAACAAUGGAUUAUUCUGUUAUAGUGUUUGAUACAGCACCAACAGGCCAUACGCUCCGGCUAUUACAAUUUCCAUCAACCUUAGAGAAGGGGCUCAAUAAAAUGAUGUCUUUGAAAAAUAAAUUUGGUGGGUUGAUGAGUCAGAUGACUCGUAUGUUUGGUAUGGAUGAUGAUUUUGGGGAGGAUGCUAUCUUGGGAAAGCUUGAGAGCAUGAAGACUGUGAUUGAACGAGUUAACAAGCAGUUCAAAGACCCAGACUUGACAACGUUCGUCUGUGUUUGUAUUCCAGAGUUCCUUUCUCUCUAUGAAACUGAGAGACUGGUGCAGGAACUCACCAAAUUUGAGAUAGAUACACACAAUAUUAUCAUUAACCAAGUACUUUUUGAUGAGGAAGAUGUUGAAUCCAAGUUGCUCAAAGCUAGAAUGCGGAUGCAACAAAAGUACCUUGAUCAAUUCUACAUGUUGUAUGAUGACUUUCACAUCACUAAGUUGCCAUUGCUGCCGCAAGAGGUUACUGGUGUUGAAGCUCUCCAGUCAUUUUCACCUCAAUUUGUGACACCAUAUCAACCGUCCACUAUUAAAGGGUCAGUGGAAGAAUUGGAGCGGAGAGUAAGCAAUCUAAGUCAAAUGUUGAAAGAUGCUGAAGAAGAAUUAGAGAGACUAAGAAAAGGAAAACAGAAGGCAUGAUUAUGCUUUUGCUCACCGUUGACACCUUUGCCUAUUUCUGCAAUUUCUCGAGUUAACAACAGGAGGCGACCUCUAUGAUUGGGCUGCCAAAUUAAACCGGUCUUCGAUUUUACUUUUGGAUAAUGCUUCAUACCCCUAUUUAUUUCUUAAAAUAAUUUUCUUUUUAUGUA